CUACCACACUUCAGCCAGGCAAGAGCAGGGGAGAGCAGUGAGCUUUUCCCAGCAGGAAUGGUGCAGUCUCUGGGACUUUUUGGAAGUACUCACGUUUCCUCUUUCUUGAGAGGGAAUUAGCUAAUGGCUCAGAGACAUCCCCAAAACAACAGGCCAGUGCUUCUGACAAAGCGUGGUGGAAGAACACCUGGUGUGCACCUCUCUCCUCCGAUGGUGGCAAAGUCAGUACAAGAGCUGAUGGAGGAGACCCUGUCUGAAUGCCAUACCUUAGGCCAAGCCCUGACUGCUCUCUCGGGUGGACUGGCAAAGCUUGAGAAGCGCCUGGAAGAGACCGGCCACCGAGUGGAAGCUCUGGAAGCAAAGGUGGUGUCCACCCAAGGCUGUGUUGUCAAGCACUCUGCUCUGAUGAGGGAGCUGGCGGUAGGGCGUCUGGUGGCUGAGCGCAGGCUGGAGAGCCUCGAGAACAAAGCGCGAUCUCGCAAUCUGAGGGUCACUGGGAUCCCAGCUGCUGUCGGAGAUGUAAACCUCAUCCCGUUCAUAGAAAAUCUGGUGCCGGCUGCCUUGGACUUAAAUGGCAAAGAGGUUCCUAUCUGUAUAGAAAGUGCCUACCGUCUCCCAGCAAGUAAUGCCCAGGAGGGAAAUGGCAGUACUGUGCUCAUAACGCUCUCCGACCUACGGCAUCGGGAGAGAAUCCUGAAGGCAUCGUGGGCUUCCUGGAGGACAAAGUUCCACGGACACGAGGUAUCCUUCUUUCCUGACCUCAGCCCAGCCACCUACGCCAGACGGAAGCAUUUCUUGUCACUCAGGAGGCAUUUUUUGAAGGAAGGAGCUCGGGCUUCUGUAUUGUACCCUGCAAAGUUAAAGGUUGUUCACCAGGGGAAAGCCUACAUCUUCAAGGACAGCCUAUCUGCGGCUCAGCUGCUGGAUACAAUCCGACAAGAAAGGAUGACUAUGACUUUGAUCCGCAACAGGCUGGGGCUGCUAGUCCUAGGAGUCCUUGUCACCUUUGUCCUCUACCUGUUGCUCCCUGCGAUCCAGCAUGAGAGGUUUACAUCCUCAGUAGACAUACCCAAGCCACGGGCGAUGGAAGAAGAGAUAAGGAAGGGACAAGCUGCUGGCAAUGUCACCAUCUUGACAGGGACAGUGCUGCAAAACCCCUCUGUUUUCUUUAGAGAAGCUGUGCUGGCACAGAAAGAUGGAAGUUCUUCCACUGAAAGACUGGCGGUGAUCUUCCUGCAUGGCCAGUCCUUCACUUCCAAGACAUGGGAGGAAUUGGGAACACUGUCUUUGCUUUCUGAGAAUGGGUAUCGCACAAUAGCUAUCGACUUGCCUGGCUAUGGGGACUCCCCACACUCCAGUGCUGUUGAGACAGCACAAAGCCGUGUUGCCUUCCUGCAGCAAAUCUUCAAGGAGCUGGGCCUUCAGAAGCCUGUUUUGAUAAGCUCAUCUAUGAGUGGGCGCUAUUCCAUCCCAUUUCUCCUGGCCAGUGGGGAACAACUGACGGGCUUUGUGCCAAUUGCACCUGUGAGCACCAAGGACUUUACUACACAGCAGUAUCAACAGGUCAAGACUCCAACCUUGAUCAUCUAUGGAGAGCGGGACACUGGCCUGGGCACUGAGUCUCUUCAGAGCCUUCAACAGAUCCCCAAAUCCAGAGUGGUCAUGCUGCCUGGAGCCAGCCACGCCUGUUACCUUGACAAGCCGCAGGAGUUCCACAAAGCACUCCUGAACUUCCUUCGUGAGCUCAAAUGAUUGUGGCACCCUGCCUAUCUGCCCUGCCCUCCUUCUCUUACUGGGAAAGAAUCCAGACUGAAUCUAUGCCGUUGAACUGGGAUGCUGCUGUGUCUUUGGAUCUGUUUCUCCAUAUUUAAAGGGCCCCAGGGGGCUUGCUGACUUUAGACGGGAGGAGAUUCUCGCUGUUUGCUCGUGGGGCUGCUCCUGGCGUGACUGUCUGAAUCGUGCAGUUGGGUGGAAAUAUUGGAUCAAGGGACUCUGGAGUAGGGUGCUGGCCUUUUUCAAGUUGUUCGUUGCGACGGGGUUUGGAGAACUUGAUCUGCACGCCCCUAUCAACCUUUUGCCCCAUUUAAGAACUGAUCCGUUUGGAUGAAGAUGCAAGUUUGAACUGCAGUUUCUUAUUUCAGGAGCACAAGCCACCAAUGUUACGUCGAAGCGACGCAUCUUCGUCGCCAGCUGACUACUUCUUUUGGUGUGUCCAUUCAUGUUCUAAGGAUCAAGUGCUUUCUAUGUACUUGGUGCUUUUCCUUCUCCCUUCUUUAUUGGGAAGGGUCUCCUCAAACUUGUCUGUCAAUGGAAGAAGCCGGCGUGGGCUGCUGUGCUUGAAUGACGAUGCUCUAAUAGAAUGUGUUUGUCCUUGUUUGGAAUAUGUGAACAGGAACAAACCAUGGUAGGAGGAGGUGAUGUCCAGGAGGCCUUUGGGGGACUUAAAGAAAUCCUUCAACAAGAACAAAAAACACUAUUUAAAUCUCUCUUUUUUCCCUUUAACUUUGGUGGUAAUGGUAUUGCCUUGGGACCCCAGCUGUAGCAGGUUGGCUGUAUGUGGGUGAUCUAUUUUGUUAGGGUGUUUAAUUGACUCGUGUCCAAGAAAGACGGGGUGGGGACAUGGGGAGAGUGAUAUAACAAGCUUCCAAGGUAUGUAGUCCAUAUGUUAUGGUAGGGGAUGAUUGCUCCUGCUCACUAGGUCAUAAGCUAUUUCGUUUUUUGAGUGUUGCAAAGCAGUUCAAGGGUCAAUAAAUAAUUUGUACAGUU